GACAUUCCAAAUGUGGCAGUAUACUUCAUCACCGUUGUAUGUGCUAAGAUCGUCACUAACGUUGGAAUGGCCACGUUCCACCCUUAUGAACUGUGCUAUCUUCUUAUUGGGUAUUUCCGUAUGGAACCUCAACAACGCAAGUACUGGAUAGAGGACGGCAGACCGAUCGAAAAUCUGCAUCCAAACAACGAGGAAAAGAAGGAAGCCGCAGCAGCACCUGGAAGCGGCAUGGAUCUACCACCUAUAUACGAGAAUAAGCUCACCCCUCCAACACGAUGGGAUCUGGCACAUGUCUUGUACAGUGAAGACGUUCCUAAUAUCCUCUUCGUCCUCAACAUCUGCAUCACAUUUGCGGUCAUCUCACCUCUCGUGUUAGGCAAGUCUGAUCAUUGA